GAACAGCUCUGCUCUUCCCUCACCGAUUCCGGUCCAAAUUCCGUUUAAUGGGCGCGGAAGAUUAAAAAAAACGCGGGAGUUUAGUCAUGAAAGCAUUGUCAUCAUCAUCACUGCUGGGUUCUUAUUGCUCUUCUAUCAAUUCCAAUUUUUUUUUCGGCUUUUCCAGCCACUACUCGUUCAUUCGUAAUCAAUCCAUUCACAAGAAUAAGAGGAAGGACUAUUUUCCUGGAAAUCAACUUCAAAUAAACAGUCUUAAUGCUGUUGUUAAAGGAGGAGAAUCAGUUGAUGGAUUUGUUGUUGUAGAUGACGAUCUUCAAGCACUAUUUGAGCAGAUUUUACCUAAAGAUUUGCGAAAUAAUCUACAAAAUGAUCCAAAAAGAGGACAACUUAUAGAAGUUAUAUUAGAUUUAGGUCGUUAUCCUGAAGCACGGUUUCUUGGUGAAUCUGGUGGACAUUAUUUGAGGAAUACUGAGGUAUCGAUGAAAGAGUUGGAAGAAGCUCAAAGUGUUGUAGGUGAAUUUGGAGGGGAUAAUAGGGCAGGUAUUGAAGGUACAUUGCACAGGAUAUCUGCAAUUAGGAGUCGGAAAGGGUUGAUUGUUGGUUUAACUUGUAGAGUUGGAAGAGCAAUUAGUGGUCACAUUGAUAUGGUUCAUGAUCUUCUUCAGUAUGGAGAGAGCAUCUUGUUUCUUGGGAGGCCUGGAGUAGGCAAGACUACUGUCAUGCGUGAGAUGGCUCGUGUAUUGGCAGAUGAACUUCACAAACGAGUGGUGAUUGUUGACACCAGCAAUGAGAUAGGAGGGGAUGGUGAUAUUCCCCAUUCAGCAAUUGGAGGUGCACGAAGAAUGCAGGUUCCAGAACCAUCCAUGCAGCACAAAGUCAUGAUUGAGGCAGUAGAGAAUCACAUGCCUGAGGUGAUCCUUGUUGAUGAAAUCGGUACUGAAGCAGAAUCCCUUGCUUGCCGUUCUAUUGCGGAAAGAGGGGUGAUGCUCAUUGGCACUGCCCACGGGGAGGUUCUCGUGAAUAUAAUUAAAAAUCAUAUUCUCUGCGAUCUGAUUGGAGGAGUGGAAACUGUUACUUUAGGAGAUGAUGAAGCACGAGCUAGACGUUGUCAGAAAACUAUUCUUGAAAGGAAAGGUCCUCCAACAUUUCCUUUCCUGAUUGAGAUGAGGGAAAGGAACUACUGGGUAACACAUCGGACAGAAAGGAGUGUUGAUAUGUUACUGCAUGGAAAAAAGCCACUGGUUGAGGUUAGAAAGAGGGAUGAUCAGUUCAAGGUUGUGAUAGAGAGAUGGAAAGCAUAUGAUGGAGAUGGGAUUUAAAAAGCAUGUAUCAUCUAUCAACAUUAACUAAGAACGGAUUAAAAAGAUGUACAACAUCGAAAGUUGAAGCAGUUGAACAAUUUUAAGAAUGGUACUUCUCAACUGAAAACUUACUCGCAGAAGCAGGCACCACUGGCUAGUUUCUUUGAUAGUAUCUGAUGCAGGGCUUACUACAAUUCCAGAAGAUUCCACUUAGAGGUUUGGCUUCCAUGGUUUCCUAGUUUCAGUCUUUCUUAUUUUUAGGAUUCUUUUAGAUUUCCUUUUAGUUUUCUGUUUCCUAGUUUAGUUAUUCUUCAAGCCUAUAUAAAGGCUAGAUUAAGUCUUGUAAGAUCUAUCUAUUACUCAAUCAAAUUAUUAAACACAAAA